UCCUCCUCAGCGGAGGACUCCUCACACUCUUUCCCUGCUCCAGCAUGGGGUCCCUCCCAUGGGAAACUCCUUCACUAACUUCUCCAGUGUGAGUGCUUCCCAUUGACUGCAGUUCUUCAUCAACUGCUCCAGCAUAGGUCCCACGCAUAAGGUGCACUCCUUCAGGAACCAGCUGCUCCAGCAGGGUCACAAUUCCUGCCAGCAUAUCUGCUCCAGUAUGUUCUCCUCUCUCCAUGGGCACAAAGGUCCUCCCAGAGCUUGCUCCAGCAUGGGGUCGUUCCUGGGCUGCAGGUGGAUCUCUGCUCCAUCAUGGACCUGCAGGGCCACAGCUGCCUCACCGUGGUCUUGCAACACAGGCUGCAGGGGAAUCUGCUGCAGCACGUGGAGCACCUCGUACCCGCUGCAGCAAGGCCUCUUGUCAUCCUGGAAGAGCAGCUGCUGGGAACUCAGUAGCCCAUGAUCUGAAACCUUUCUGGCUUCUCUCGUGUAGUACCCGUGAUCCUUUCCCUCUGAAGGUCCGUGUGUUGCAAGUGCCGCUGUUCAGAGCACCGGGCUGGACAGUUUCUGCCUGGCAGAGCACAGACUGGAGGCCGCUUUAGCUCCCGAAUUGUCCAGAAUAGCCAAAAUACGACAAGCAGAGGAUUUGCCUGUCUCCCGGGAGAUCCAGAGGAUCACACCGUGCUCCCUUGCCGGGAGACAGCCGGGAGGCGUUUCCGCGGCAGGGAAAGCCGAGGCGCUGCCGGGAGCGGCGCGGGCUCGCCAUGGUGACGGGCGGGCGCGGGGACAGCGGCGGGCCCGGGCACGGCUCCCCGGGCUCAGAACCUCCCGUGGGACCGGAGUGCCCCGCACGGCCCCGCACGGAUCCCCGGCCUGGCCGGGGCAGCGAGCGAGAAGCGCCAAGCGGGGUGAGCAGGGCCGGGGUACGAAGCAGGGGCGGUGAGGGACUGGGGCUCAGACGGGGCCUGCAGCUCCUCUCAGAGCGUUGUUCUUUCAGUGUUUGUGCGUUUAUCUCUCUAAAAGUGAAGCCAAUGGACAAGGAAGAGGAAAAAGCUGCCAGUGGGGAAAAAGAUCACAUGCCCCCAGAAGAUGAGAGAAGCAGUUCAGAGGAAUGUGCUUCAGAGGCCAAGGAGAAAGAGAAAGAAACCCAGCAUGUCAUCAAAAAUAUCCCGUGGACCACAGCCAAAAACUUCACAGUGCAGAGAGGAUGGCAGCAAAUUGAAGAACUAAUUUCUACAUGGGACAUUCAUGAAAGCUGGCUUCACCACUCAGAAUUUCUUGAGGAAGAAGAACUGAAGGACAGCAAGAGGUACCAUUACAGAGUUUGCUGGGGCCUCCCAACACGCAGAAAACCCAUCCCACGAGCAACAGCAAGUGUCUACUUUGUUAUAGUGAUCUCCAAAUCCAAACCUGAUACUGAACCUGUGGAGGUCUUCUACAGACUGGAGUCCAGCAGGCUAAUUCGGAGGCCAGAACAGUGCCAGUUUAGAGAAAAGUGGCUUCAGGACAUAAUUGAAAAUAAAAUAGCAUGCGCAGAAAGACUUGCUUCCCGAUGACCAACGCCAAUUCACCAUUACCAAUACUCUGUUGUGGAGAACCAAAUAAACAUGUUGAAGAAAGAAAAGCUCUUCCUUAGCAGCAUUUCUACUUUGUGGAUAGAUAAAAAGCAUUGAACCUGUGCAAAAUCAGCUAGGUCCUGACAUGGCAGCUGGCUGUGUGUGACAGUCUCUGGCAGGUAUGGCAGGGUGGAAGGACCUGGCAGGGCAGCAGGAUGGAACUGGGUUCCAAGUGUAAAUGUGAAGAGGCAGCUGGGUAGGAUUUGUUGUUUGUGAAUGCCAGGUCUGUGGAACUCCAGGGAAAACAUUAACGGACUUUAGGACUUUUAUUUUCUUGAUACAAAUAUACACGAUAUCUCUGCUGCUAGACUUAGAGGACAAAAAAAAAAUAAAUUUAGGAGAACAAAAAAGAAACAACCUACCUCUCAAAACCAUUUUGUUUUCAAAAACAUUUGAGAAAA